CCUUUGGGACCUCUAUAAGUAAACAAAUCCAAUAUCAAGAGAAGUAGCGCGCAAUAGUUGGGGAGUUCUCGUUGUUCUGUAGAAGACAAGCAAGGGACGGAGAUGAGCGGAAGAGGAGGAGAUGCGAAGAAAGCAAAGUGGCCAGUGAUAAAGCCCAAACGAGAUCUCCAGAUUACGCGCCUAAAAGACACCCAUCUCUUCAUGGUUCAAAAUUUCUUCACAUCCGCUGAAUCUAUGGCAUUUAUUAAAGCUGCGGAGUCCAUUGGUUUCCUCCACCAGGGAAGUCUCGGCCCGACGAAAGGGGAAGCUUUUAGAGACAACGACCGUGUUUCUGUGAAUGAUCCUGUUCUUGCUGAAACUAUAUGGGAGUCGGGUCUCCGAAUUAUCUUUUCUGAUAUUAAAAUUCGGGGGAAAGUUGCGGUGGGUUUAAAUCCAAAUAUCAGAUUCUACAGGUACAAGGUGGGCCAGCGCUUUGGGAGGCAUAUUGAUGAAAGUGUUGAUCUUGCUGAUGGGUGCCGAACUCAUUAUACAUUAUUAAUAUAUCUUAGUGGGGGUGUAAGGCAAAAAGGCAAUAGUCAUUUAGGCAGCAACCAGGAUUCUUCUGAGGACUCACUAGUUGGAGGAGAGACUGUCUUUUAUGAUUACAGGCGAGGUAUUGCUGCUGAGGUGGCUCCUGUUGAAGGUACGGCACUACUUCACAUUCAUGGUGAUAAGUGUAUGCUACAUGAAGCCCGAAACGUUACAAAGGGCGUCAAAUAUGUCUUUCGAUCAGAUGUAGCUUUUGCUUGACGAGUGUUGGAGCUUUGCCAAUGAAGCAAGAUAGGAUUUAUCAAGCAUUUGUAUCUUUCGAGAAGAGGCAGAUGCAAAAUGCAACAUCAAAGCCAACUGUCAACCAUUAUUUGAACUCUUCUAUUGGGAGCCCAGAGGUGAUUAUUGUGGAAGCAGAGUUAAUAAAUUGCAGUAGAGUUAUGCUAUCAUAGAAGACCCUCUUCCAUUCUUUCUGAGUUGGUGGAAAAAGAAUAUUUCUUUGUAGCAAUAUUGAAUGUGUCAAGGUCUUAUAUUCUUUCCACAGAUGUAGUUCUUCAAUCAACAGAACUAGUACUAAACCA